AAAGUUUUUCUGGGGAGACAGUUUCGAUAGAUGCUUGUUGAAUCUAAGAUCAAUGUUGAAGAGCGAAAAAAUAGAAGGAAGACGAAAAGUCCGUGUACAGAUCAUCUUCCAAAAAGAAUCUGAUAUCGGGAAUACUAUUGAUAUUCUAAAUUCCCUUAAAACGGAGAUUAAUGAAGACUUAAGUGGAAUUGAAUUCAUUGUUGCCACACGGGGAAGUAUUGUUCUGAAUGUAGAAAUAUUCCAGGAAAUGAUGGAAACAAAUGAGAUAUUGCAAUCCACCUUGUCUUUAUUUAUUGGGAAAAUUUUGAAGAUCAUUCAGACAUCCUCUAUUGAGAGCAUUGAUAUGGUUAUUUUACCCGUAGAAGAAUACUCACAAUAGAAUGUAACAACAACAACUGCAGAACCAGUUCGCUUAGACUUCGAUAUAGAGGCGGACUUAUUUGAAACUGACGAUCAAAUGGAAGAGCAAUUAAGAAAAAUAUCCAAAGCCUUUUCUAAACCUUCCAACGGAAGCGGAACAAGCACCAAUAUUACUGCAACACUCCUACCUUUUUAUUUUGAAACCACUGAUUUUGUUGAAGCUCAGACACCUGUCGUACACAGCCUUCCUGUUUCUUUAAUACUCCGUCAAAAGUUAAAUAUCAAAUCAUCAAUUAAUAUAAAGCCGAGCAGUUUGGACUGUAUCAAAAUAGAUGAAAAAUUAGUGUUUGUCGAUUGUGAUAAUAAACAACUUACUAUUUGUAAUUAUGACGGUACUAAAAUCCAUCAUAUUUGUCUGCCCUAUUAUCCAUGGCAAAUAACACAGAUAGAUAGUAAUACUGUUGCAGUGUCCUGUACAGAUGAUAAAACUAUACUUAUAACAAAUAUCUCAAAUUGUUCUGUUGAUAGUGAAAUCAAAACCAGUAAAUCUUGCUGGGGAAUAUCAUAUGACAAUAAUGAACUAUACGUUAAUAUUGGGAAGGGAAAAAUUGAUGUGAUGGAUUUGACAGGUCUAUUCAUACGUUCUGUGCCUUUACCGUCAGAAGGAAUCUCCGACAUAACUGUAGAAAAAGACAGGUUUGUCUGUAGCGACUUAAAAUCAGUUUUCUGUUGCUCGUUAAAUGGUAAAGUUUUGUGGGAAUUCAAAAAUGAGAAAUACGAAAACUUACGUCGAGUGACAACAGAUGACGAAGGGAACGUCCAUGUGACUAAUACUAAAACAAACACUGUAAUAGUGAUAUCAAAUGACGGUAAAUAUUAUAGACAAAUUCUGUCUGAAUCAAAUGAACUUAUAAAGCCAUAUGGAAUUUAUUUUAUCAAAAAAGAUAAUAUUCUGAUGGUUUGUAAUG